AUGCAGCUGUUCCAUGUCGUUAUUGAUGAAUGUGGAUUUAUUAACCUUGGUUUCAUUGGGUCACAAUUCACUUGGCAGAAGCAUUUUCUAGAUGGACACUCCAUUUGGGAAAGAUUGGAUCAAGGACUUGCAAAUAAUGAUUGGUUUUUGCAAUUUGCUGGAACAAAAAUUCACCACCUCUCAUCCAACGCCUCAGACCAUUGUCCAUUAUGGAUUAUCCCGGACGGUUUAGAAAUCCCUAGCAUCACUAAACCAUUCAGAUUUGAAGAGAUGUGGUUAUCUGAUAGAGGGUGCUCAAAUGUUGUGGAGGCAGUGUGGACAUCCCAUGAGGAGGCCGAGCCUAGCAUCAAGGUGGUCAAGAAGAUAAAAAAAUGUGGGAAAGAACUCCAAGAAUGGAACCGUAAGCAUUUUGGGAAUGUGAGAAGGGAGCUUGAAUAA